CUGUCUGUCUGUUGACAUACAUGUGAUCGCAUUCACUGUCCAUUGGAUCCAUUGGAUGACAACUGCACACAAAUGUCACUGAAAGGCAAAUCUGAGGUCGACUUCACACGUCUUCUCAAUAAAUGCCAACAAAUGGUUGAGAAAGACAUGAAAGACAAGACACACACUAAUUGGAGACUCGAGAGGUACAUCCAAGCGCUGAACCAAAGACUCUUUGAACUGAAAGAAGUGAAUGUGUGUCAAGUGAAUGAAAAUGAUUUAUCAAAUUAUGGCAAAAGAGUGCAAUUCUUCUUGCGUAACGACCUUAGCGUUGUUAACCACUGGGGAAGCCUGGCUGACUACCGGUGUGUUUAUGACAGUGGGGUUGAGAAGGACAUCAGGAAUGAGCUCUUCUUCAACACCAAGAAUGAGUUGAGAAGAAGAGACACUCCGGAGGAGAAGAGUAGUGGCGAUGACUUGGAGACUGUCAUCAAAUACCAGAACUCCAUUCAGGAGAGAGUGGCCAAAGAGAUGCUUCAAUUGACUCAUAACCUCAAACAUAACUGUAGUCUCAGUAAUGAGAUCAUCAAAAAGGAUACCGAGAAUUCCUCUUAUGCUGGUUUUAUCCUCUGA